AGUACGCCACAUUACCUCGUACCGAUGACCAUUCGAUAGUCCUACAUUCGGACCCCACUUCAUGCAGCUCGACGCUGGGUUGCUGGUUUCUGCCUCGUCAACAUUUACCAAUUCCGGCGAAAACCAAUAUCAUCGGAUUCUGUAGUCUGCCGCGCUAUAGUACAGCUGAGGUGUGCAUAUCUCUGACCAGGCUGUACUAGCGAGCGUCGGUACAGACGACUUAUAGCGCAGCAUCGCAAAUUCGGUCGGAAGCAGUGUCAGUAUCUUUGCUCUUCUAUUAUUUCCAGAAGUCCCAUGAUGGUUUAUCUCAAGAGCGCAAUCGUGCAGAGGCAGGAUGCAAGAAGUUCAGCAGCGCCGUCCAUUUCAGUGUCGAGCGCAACACCUUCACCGGGCCAAGCUGAAGGAACAACACCCUCGGCAACGCCAUCAUCAACACCGUCAUCGACAUCACUGCCAUCAACAACACCCCCCUCUGCAUCUGUAGCUUCUAUAGCCUCGCAAACCCCCAAGCCAGGUGAUGUCACGUCCAGCUGUUCCCCGUAUUGGACAAACGCAACGCUGGUGCCGUGUCCUACGGCUACGGCCCCCGCUGUACCCACAAACAAUGCUGCCUCCACGCCCACAUCCGUGGCUAGUAAACCUGCCGCGAUUGACAGCACGGCAAGUGGAGGUCCUAAAGCCUCGGAUGGCCCAUCGUCGGUUCAAAAAGGGCUUUCUGGAGGUGCGGUUGCCGGAGUGGCUAUCGCAAUGUUACUCGUCGGAUUACUGAUCGCUGGAGCUGUGUUCUUCUUCUUACUACGCCGUCAAAAGAAGAAGCGGUACAACUUAGUCCAGACUCAACCAGCACCCCAUGCGCCCAUCAAUGAUGCUACUAGAACGUUGGAGAAAGGACCAACAGCCGUAACCAGCGCGUAUGCAAUGAACAUCGACGAUAUGCUACCCCAGCCCGUGGCAGACGACACUAUCACAGACGCAGUCUUGAAGCUACGGGACAACAUCAAGAACCACGUUCGCACCUAUUAUCAUCUCUCUCCCAUCCCGGCAGCCAGUGUCAGUCAGGCACAUAUGGGCCAACUAGCAACCGCAACCGGUACAAGCUCUGCUAGACUUGCAAGCAUGCUUUCGAACACCUCAACCAGAGCCGAGACACUUCGCCUCAUUCUUGCCUGGAUUGUGCUAUCGAGAUGUACAGGAGGACGCGAUGAGAGCCUGCUGCCCCGAGAACUUGCGGCAAUCGACAUGGUCAUACCAGGAAAGGAUGGCAGCAAUACUGCCCAAUCAGCCAUGUACAGCAAAUGGAAAACCGUAACUGGAACUCUGCUGCAUGAGCGAAUUAGCCAGAACAAACAAGACUCGGAUCGUAAGCAAAAAUUUGCCAUCGCGGUUGCAGAUCUGGACUCUAUUGUGGCGCCCUUUGUGCAGAGUGGCUUGGAAGCUCAACGCAGCAAGAACCUGGACAUGAUUCUGACGCGAUCUGCAAACUUCGCGUUCCUACUCUUUUCACAGCCUGGUUCAUUCAAAUUUGAGUUCUUGAGCGAACAUGGAGGUUUGGUAGUAUUUCCAGGCCUGGUACAAACGAUUGGAGACCAGGGGCAGGUGCUGGGGCCCCCGCGCGUGCUGCUGGAAAAGGAGAUUGCGACAUGAGCAUCGUGACGAUGAAGCGAAGAUGGCGUUUAGCGGAUAGCUUGUGCAGUAUACAAUGCAAUGAUCGUGCGGCUGAGACGCCUUCGGGUUAUUGCUAAGGGUCGUGAGCUGAGAUGCUAGGUAGAGUGACGAGGCUGGGAGACGAGGUUAAGGUUUCCUUUUUCACUAUGCUUCAUAUGUCUUAGCGUUGGUGCCACUGGCGGAAAGGAGCGUCAUGUUCGCUCUCGUCCAAUCUGCAAGCCUUCGCCUUGUGAGACACACAACAGUCACUCAGCCGUGCGAUAUAGAUAGUUCGAAG